UAACAGUCCUCAGUCAUUGUGGCAAAUAGCGAAUCGAUCCCACACUCAAGGACCAUCUCCGUGUCAAUUAAAGAAUAGUUGUGCUGAUGAGUAUCGGUGCGGUUCAUGCAACAGCGACCUCGCAACAUAGUAUAUUUAUCUUCAGAAACUCAUUGGAAUUCGAUUCAGCUUCGACUCUAGGCUCUUGGUGGUGAGCUGAAGAAGCUUGACAAUCUUGUGGAAGCGCGUUUGGUCGAAGCUUGAUCACACGUGAUGGCGACUCAUCGGGUUGCCAACCUUCAGCUGACCCUUCUAUGUCUGUGGCUUCAUUGUGGAGGAUUAGUGCUGGUGACUGUCGGGGCAGCCCAUGCUGACCCCAAGAAGACGAUCAACCGGGAUGCAGUGGAAAAGGAUUUUUUCUCCUGGGUUGCAACGAUGGAGCAGAAUCACCAGGCUCACAUCACGGCAGAUACAGCUGAGAUGACUUUUCAAGACUUCAACGGUGGUACUCUUGCUGCAGCUAAUACUCUUGUGGUAGGCGCUGGGGGGUACAAGACGGUGCAGUCUGCUGUGAAUGAUGCAGCUUCCGGGGGAUCUAGGACCAUCAUUCAGAUUAAUUCAGGAACAUACCGGGAGAAGGUAACAGUACUGAAGGGGAAGACGAUCACUUUCCAAGGUGUUAACAAUCCGGUAAUUGUUUACGAUGAUACUGCGGGUUCAGCAGGGAGCACUUCUAACAGUGCCUCAGUCACGAUCCUUGCCGACAAUUUCAUUGCCAGAGGCGUAACUUUCAAGAACUCGGCUCCUGCCCCUCCUGGAGGCGCUGUCAACAAGCAAGCUGUAGCGCUUCGAAUUUCAGGCGACAAAGGAGCGUUCUACAACUGUGCCUUUAUAGGCGCUCAAGACACGCUCUACGAUCAAAAGGGCCGUCACUACUUCAAGGAUUGUUACAUAGAAGGCAGCAUCGACUUCAUCUGUGGAGACGGGCAAUCGCUUUACAAGAAUUGUCAGUUGCACUCCAUAGCCAACCCGGGAAGCGGAUCGAUAGCAGCGCAGAAGAGAACAGGCGACACCAGUACAGGCUUCUCUUUCGUGGGCUGCACAAUCACAGGCAGUGGACCCAUCUACUUGGGACGCGCGUGGGGUCCCAACUCCCGAAUCGUCUUCAUCUACUGCAACAUAGCGGACAUCAUUCGACCCGAGGGAUGGCACAACUGGGGAGACAGCAGCAGGGAGAAGACGGUGUUCUACGGCCAAUACAAGUGCACCGGAGCAGGGGCCGACCAGAGCAAACGAUAUGGCUGGUCUCAUGAGCUCACAGAGUCGCAAGCUGUUGCACUUUCUUCCAUGACCUUCAUUGAUGGAGCUAGUUGGGUCCAGACAUAACUCCCACUUCUAGAUCUCUGAUUCACCAUGUGACUGCAAACUAGCAACACACUCACACAACUUCACCGCUUUCGGUCACACCGCUCCCUUGCAGUUCCAUGUUUGUUUGUGGUGGUAUCAGCUUCGGAGUUCUCAGUUUGUGUAGGUUUGGAACUAGAUCGGUCAAUUUGCCAGAAUUCAUGCAUUCGAAUCAAGUAUUCUGUUCUUCCUACGUUUCUUCUUCUACUGUAGAAUGUUACAAAGUGUACAGCGUACAGUGCCCGUUCCCAUCGCUGCAGGUUUCAUUAAUAAAACUUCAACCUUUUCCGUA